CUGUUGGACCAUUUGUCUGUCUCUCUGUCUGUUGUCUCUCGGGAGUCUGAUCAAUUCUGCAUACGCCCACUUUUAGGAGUAGUGAACAGGAAACACACGCUCGGCUCUUUUACCCUUCAGACGUCAGCGAUUCAGCUAUACGACAACAGUGAACCCUAACCACGACCGCAAGUAAUCAUGGCGGACGCAGAUGUGGCCACCAAGGCGCCCGAAAGCGACGCGCAGGAGUCGCCGAGUGUGAUUGCAGGCGACUCCAAGCCCGAUCAAGGCGCGGCCAGUCUGGGAGAGCAUUGUAUCAAGGAUCGCCCGACACCUGCGGGUGAACAACCGACCGGAGAAAUUGCCAAAUACAACGAUGUAGAAGUGUACAUCUCCAAGCCGGCCGACUACCCUCAUUCGCCUUCGAAGCUGCUCCUCUUCCUGACCGGCGGCACCGGAAUCCACAGCGUCAACAACCAGAUCCAAGCCGACAGAUAUGCCGCCGAAGGGUUCGUCGUGGCCAUGCCCGAUCAGUUCGCCGGCGACCCAGCCUCCUCCGCAACCAAUUCCCGCACCGAUGCCGCCGAAGAGAACCCCAGCGUGAUCGAACAGAUCAAGCUCAACAUCGCCAGCGUCGCCAAGUCCUUCUCCAUCGACAUGUGGCUCGCGCGACACACGCCCGAGAAGGUGCUGCCCAUCCUCCGCAGAGCGCUGAGCGGGAUCAAAGAGGAAUUCGCCGACGCCGUCUCGCACGGGGGAGGCGUGCACGCGGUGGGCUACUGCUUCGGCGCGAAAUACGUCCUCCUCCUCGCCGCCGCCGCCGCCACCGACGCGAAAUCCACCACCACCACCACCACCACCACGACCAACGAAGACCCCGCCAAACAGACCCCCAGCGACUCCCAGAUCGAACAAGGCCACGCGCGGUCCGCGCCCGAGAUCGCCGUCGCGGCCAUCGCCCACGGCACACAGAUCACGCUCUCCGACCUCGAGAACUGCGCCGUGCCGCUGUCCAUCGUCGCGGUCGAGGACGACUCGCUCUUCCCCGACGAGAUCCGCGAGGCGGGCGUCAAGGCGCUGGCGGAGAAGAAGGUCGAGCACGAGGUCGAGGUCUUCCCGGGGGUGCCGCAUGGCUUCGCGGUGUGGGGCGAUUACGAGGAUGCGGGGAUCCAGGAGCAGCAGGGGGUCGCGUUUGGGCAGCUGUUGGCGUGGUUGAAGGGGCAUUGAUUUCGAAAAAAGAAAUUGGUGUGUGAUCUGGGAGAAUGCGAUGCGAUGCGAUGCGAUGCGAUGCGAUGGGGAGGAGAGAGAGAGAGAGUAUAGUAGAAACCCUCGCUUUUUUUUCCUUCACUUUCUCUUUUUUUUGUUUUUUUCUUUUUCAUGUUCGCUACUCGAGGCAUGGGCGGCAUGAACUCAUGGG